CUUGAUUAAUCGCUGUAGGAUCGUACCUGCGGACCUAGCCUGUGGUGAAUGAUACGUGAGCAGUAACUACCAGUCAUUAGGUAAACCACCAGGUUCGCUAUGACUGGCAACAUGCCAUCACACCAUCAUUACACGUAGCAUGCGUAUUACCUAUGUCUUUGGACAAAAUCAUCAGCUUGAGACCGACUUAGGUAACACUGUAGCUAAGCUAAACCAAUCUAGACUUUAUGCCUUUGAGAUAGGGGUUGUUGAACCCGCAGAUGUGUUUGUUUGAUUAAUAGUAUACAAUUGAUAGAAGUAAAAAAAGUUAAGCUAUGAUAUAAAUGUGGUGUCCUGUGUGUGAGACUCACUCGAUACAAGAUGACGUCGAAGAGUUGUUUGUUGCUGGUUGCCAUGGCGACGCUCACCGCCUCGGUGAUGGGCACUGCCGAGGUGAUGAGCCAUGUCACUGCCCAUUUUGGAAAGGCGCUUGAGGAGUGCAGGGAAGAGUCAGGGUUAUCAGCGGAGGUGUUGGAGGAGUUCCAGCACUUCUGGCGCGAGGACUUCGAGGUGGUGCACCGGGAGCUGGGCUGCGCCAUCAUCUGCAUGUCCAACAAGUUCUCGCUGCUGCAGGACGACUCCAGGAUGCACCAUGUCAACAUGCAUGACUACGUCAAGAGCUUCCCUAAUGGUCAUGUCCUCUCCGAAAAGCUGGUGGAACUGAUCCACAACUGUGAGAAGAAGUACGACACGAUGACGGACGACUGUGACCGCGUGGUGAAGGUAGCUGCGUGCUUCAAGGUGGACGCCAAGGCGGCCGGUAUCGCGCCCGAAGUCGCCAUGAUAGAAGCCGUCAUGGAGAAGUACUAUAUAAGCGAGGGCUGUCCAUGUGGGGGCACAAUGGAGUUCCAUCGAUCGACCAUGAUGUCGGUCAGGCUGGCGCUGGUGGUGGCUGCGUGGUUGUUCAUCAGGGUGGACGCGUCGCAAGAUGUUAUUAAGAACCUGUCUAUGAAUUUCGCUAAGCCCCUAGAAGACUGUAAGAAAGAGAUGGAUCUCCCCGACUCGGUGACGACAGACUUCUACAACUUCUGGAAGGAAGGCUACGAGUUCACGAACAGACAGACAGGCUGCGCCAUCCUCUGCCUCUCCUCCAAGCUGGAGCUGCUGGACCAGGAGCUCAAGCUGCAUCACGGCAAGGCGCAGGAGUUCGCCAAGAAACACGGCGCUGACGAUGCUAUGGCUAAGCAGCUGGUAGACCUGAUCCAUGGCUGCGCGCAGUCUACUCCUGACGUGGUAGAUGACCCCUGCAUGAAGACCCUCAACGUGGCCAAGUGCUUCAAGGCCAAGAUACACGAGCUCAACUGGGCGCCCAGCAUGGACCUCGUCGUCGGAGAAGUCUUGGCCGAAGUUUAGACUUGCCUGGAGAUUUCUGAUACCUUACCUCGAUUUAUUUUUAUGUCUAUAUCUUUUUAUUUCUCUUACAUACCUUUAAAAGCAGGAAGCAUAACUAUACUUAACUGUUCCUUUGUGUUGUAUUAUUUGUCGCUUGCGAAAAUUCUGUCUGCUUUCGACAUUAUGCCUACGCAUACUUCGUUGCGGCCUUUUAUACAAUGCUGUGUAUAAUCUUUGUAGUAUCUGAUUAUUUCUCUUAUGUUAUUUAUUAGUUGAUGUUCAAACAGCCUGGCAUGUUCAACGGACCGCGGAUAGAGUAAGUCGUGCAAGUGAAUCUCCCGCCUCGCCAGCGCGUCAAGGGAAGGGUAGUCUUAAGCUGCAAUACUUGAUGUGAUCUUAUUAAAGCAAAUCUACAUCA